UAAGAGAAUUAAGUCUUUACCAAAAGCAAUGAAUUAAUUACAACAAAUUAUAAUUAAGAUUACACAUUUUACUAUACAUAGGUAAUUAAUUUUCCCAUCGCCAGCUAUAAGAUCCCCACCAUCAAUCAAUAUAUUUACUAAUUACUUAAAUGCAUUGACUAUUAUUUGAUACUUAUAAUGAAAAGCAAAUGUUAUAUAAAAAAAUAAGAUAAGGGAAUUCUUUUUCCCCAAUUUAUUAAAGCAUAUAAGUUGGAGUGCAGAUCAUAUGUAACUUAUAAGCCAUUAGUUACUUAACUAUUUUAUUUAUUUCCUCUUUUUUUUCGUUCAAAGUAUAUGACUAUAACACAUGUUAAUGAUAUUAUAAUUAUCUAAUAAACGUAUAAUAGUGAAGAGUCAUUUGAGUGAUUAUAUCGGUCAAAGUCUGAGUAGAAGUUUUUACAACACAGAAUCGUGAUUUCAAACGUGUUUAAAAUGUUGCGCACAGCUGCAAGUCAAAAUCUACGAAAUUUUAGUGUCAACACACAAAUAAAAUGCAGACGUCUGGAAGGCAAAGUUGCAAUCGUUACUGCAUCUACGGAAGGGAUAGGAUAUUCUAUAGCAAAACGUUUAGCUCAGGAAGGUGCAAAAGUUAUGAUCAGUAGCAGAAAAGAAUCCAACGUUAACAAAGCUGUGAAUGAAUUACUUCAAGAAGGUUUAUCCGUUGCUGGUACCGUUUGUCAUGUUGGAAAAGCCGAACAUAGACAAAAAUUAUUCAAAGAAACAAAAUCCUUGUUUGGAGGUCUGGAUAUUUUGGUUUCUAAUGCAGCAGCGAAUCCACAAGCUGGACCAGUUCUAGACAGCGACGAGAAUGUCUGGGAUAAAAUAUUUGAUGUUAAUGUUAAAUCCACGUAUUUACUUAUGAAAGAAUCUUUACCUCUUUUAAAGGAUAGUAAAUCACCAUCGAUAAUUAUUGUAUCGUCGAUAGCUGGAUAUCAACCAUUCGAUUUGCUUGGAGUUUAUUCGGUUAGCAAAACAGCAUUAUUAGGGCUUUGUAAAGCUUCAGCAACUAAUUUAGCUUCAUAUGGAAUUCGAGUCAAUUGUAUAGCACCUGGUAUUAUUGAAACCAAAUUUUCACAGCCGUUGUACCAAUCUGAAACAGCACGUCAAAUAUCUUUGAGCAUGAUUCCAUUUAAAAGAUUUGGAAAGCCAGAUGAGAUUAGUGGUGUUGCUGCCUUUUUAGCAAGUGAAGAUGCGUCGUAUAUUACUGGGGAAACAAUUGUAGCUAGUGGUGGUAUGCAAUCAAGGCUUUGAAGAAUAAACAUGAUGUGAAUACAUUUUUUCAUCUAUUGAUAAUUAAAUAACAAAUAAUUAAAAUAAUCAAAUAUAAGAAUUUA